GGGUGGCGAAACAGAACCGAGGGAGAGAGGAGAGGCGCUAGCCAGCCUCUGCCCGGAGGGCGUGGAUCCCAGCGCAAGCCAGAACAGGUCCUGCGUUCUCGCGGCCACUGCCAGCAGCGGGCGGGGCCCGGCAGGAUCUCCGCGGGCAGACUCGCGUGUGGAUCAGCAGCGAGCAGCCGGCAAGAAACUCCCUUGGAUCCGCUAGGAGCUGUUGGACCCUGCACGUCUCUCUCCCACAGCAAGGCAGCUUGGGGGAGAAGUUUCCCCGAGGGAAGGUGCCGUAAACUGCAAACAAUGACCCUGUCUUAAUACUGCAGACAUAUUGUAGUGGAACUAAGGGGAACUGAGCUUACUGGUUCUUGGUGGGUCUCUAUAACAAAAGACAGACCAACAAGAGAAAAGCAUACAAAUUUAUUAAAGUAAGCUUUAUGUGACACACAAAUUUUCAGAAGGAAAUGAGGAGCUGAAGAAACAUGUUAAUGCUAGAUUUUAUGAAGAGCAGAAAGUUGUGGAAAGUGUAAUAGAAGAGAAGGAGUCUGGGCUGAGUGUCCAGUGCUGUGGAAACCUUUAGCAAAGUCUGCUCAUUCAGAUUCAUCUCCUUGCCCCUCUGUCUUCAGAGGUGAACUACACUCUGCUCAGCUUUAAACCAAAAGUAAAAGGAGACACUACAAUUUUCAUUCUUCCUGAGUUGCCUCCUUCCUGAAGAGCAAUGGAGAUAGGUGGAAGAGGAUUAAUCAUAUCUCUAAUUUGUUUCCUGUUCAAAUUCUCCACAGCCAUUGAAAUACCACUUUCAGUUCAGCAGGUUCCAACCAUCAUAAAACAGUCAAAAGUGCAAGUUGCCUUUCCCUUUGAUGAAUAUUUUCAGAUUGAGUGUGAAGCUAAAGGAAAUCCAGAACCAACAUUUAUGUGGACUAAGGAUGACAAGACUUUUGAUCUCUCUGACUCUCGGAUAAUUGUGUCUAACAACUCAGGAACAUUUAAGAUCCCAAAUGAGGGGCACAUAUCUCAUUUUCAAGGGAAAUACCGCUGCUUUGCUUCUAAUAAACUAGGGGUUGCUAUGUCAGAAGAAAUAGAAUUUAUAGUACCAAAUGUUCCAAAAUUCCCAAAAGAAAAAAUUGACCCUCUUGAAGUGGAGGAGGGAGAUCCAAUCGUCCUCCCAUGCAACCCUCCCAAAGGCCUUCCACCUCUACACAUUUACUGGAUGAAUAUUGAGUUAGAACACAUUGAACAAGAUGAAAGAGUAUACAUGAGUCAAAAGGGAGAUCUGUACUUUGCAAAUGUGGAAGAAAAAGACAGUCGAAAUGAUUACUGUUGCUUUGCUGCAUUCCCAAGAUUGAGGACUAUUGUGCAGAAAAUGCCAAUGAAACUAACAGUUAACAGUUUAAGGCAUGCUAAUGACUCAAGUUCAUCCACAGAAAUUGGUUCCAAGGCAAAUUCGAUCAAGCAAAGAAAACCCAGAUUGCUGUUGCCUCCUACUGAAAGUGGCAGUGCGUCCUCAGUUACCAUCCUCAAAGGGGACACCCUGCUGCUUGAGUGUUUUGCUGAAGGCCUACCAACUCCACAGGUUGAUUGGAACAAAAUAGGUGGUGAUCUACCCAAAGGAAGAGAAACAAAAGAAAAUUAUGGCAAGACUUUGAAGAUAGAGAACGUUUCCUACCGGGACAGAGGGAAUUAUCGCUGCACAGCCAACAAUUUCUUAGGAUCAACCUCUCAUGAUUUUCAUGUUGUAGUAGAAGAGCCUCCUCGGUGGACAAAGAAACCUCAGAGUGGUGUGUAUAGCACUGGGAGCAGCGGUAUCUUGUUAUGUGAGGCAGAAGGAGAGCCUGAGCCCACACUCAAGUGGAGAGUCAAUGGCUCCCCGAUUGAAAAAAAUCCAUUUGCUGGUGAUGUUGUCUCCCCCACGGAAAUCAGUUUUACCAACCUACAACCGAAUCAUACUGCUGUGUACCAGUGCGAAGCCUCAAAUGUCCAUGGAACUAUCCUUGCCAAUGCCAAUAUUGAUGUUGUAGAUGUUCGUCCACUGAUACAAACUGAAGAUGAAGAAAACUAUGCUACGGUGGUUGGGUACAGUGCUUUCUUACACUGCGAGUACUUUGCUUCACCCGAGGCCAUAGUGUCCUGGCAGAAGGUGGAUGAAGCGAAACCCCUUGAAGGUAGACGGUACCAUAUCUAUGAAAAUGGCACAUUGCAGAUCAACAAAACCACAGAAGACGAUGCUGGCUCAUACUCUUGUUGGGUGGAAAAUGCUAAAGGAAAAACUGCUGUGACAGCCAAUUUGGAUAUUAGAAAUGCUACAAAACUUCAAGUUUCUCCUAAGAAUCCUCGUGUCCCCAAAUUGCAUACACUUGAAUUACAUUGUGAGAGCAAAUGUGACCCAUAUUUAAAACAUAGUUUGAAGUUGUCCUGGAGUAAAAAUGGAGAAGGCUUUGAAAUUAAUGCCACAGAGGAUGGCAGGAUAAUUAUCGAUGGACCUAAUUUGACCAUAUCUAAUGUCACCUCAGAGGACCAAGGUGUUUACUCUUGUUCAGCUCAAACUGCCCUGGACAGUGUUGCUGAUGUAACUCACGUAACCAUUCUCGAUGUUCCGGAUCCACCAGAAAACCUACACUUGUCUGAAAGACAGAACAGGAGUGUUCGGCUGACAUGGGACGCUGGAAAUGAUCACAAUAGCCGUAUUAGUGAAUACAUUGUUGAAUUUGAAGGAAACAGGGAAGAACCUGGAAGAUGGGAGGAACUGACUAGAGUCCAAGGAAAAGAAACAACAGUCAUAUUAUCUUUGGCUCCAUAUGUGAGAUAUCAGUUCAGGGUCAUAGCCGUGAAUGAAGUAGGGAGAAGCCAACCUAGCCAGCCAUCAGAUCAUCAUGAAACACCUCCAGCAGCUCCAGACAAGAAUCCACAAAACAUAAGGGUUCAAGCCUCUCAACCCAAGGAAAUGAUUAUAAAAUGGGAGCCUUUGAAAUCCAUGGAGCAGAAUGGACCAGGACUAGAGUACAGAGUGACAUGGAAGCCACAGGGAGCCCCCGUGGAGUGGGAAGAAGAGACGGUCACAAACCACACCUUGCGCGUGAUGACGCCUACUGUCUACGCUCCUUAUGAUGUCCAGGUCCAAGCCGUCAAUCACCUUGGCUCUGGCCCUGAGCCUCAGUCAGUGAUUCUGUAUUCUGGGGAAGACUAUCCUGAUACAGCUCCAGUGAUCCAUGGUGUGGACGUUAUAAACAGCACCUUAGUUAAAGUUUCCUGGUCAACAAUUCCAAAGGACAGAGUCCAUGGACAUCUAAAAGGAUAUCAGAUAAAUUGGUGGAAAACAAAAAGUCUGUUGGAUGGAAGAACACAUCCCAAAGAAGUAAACAUUCUGAGGUUUUCAGGACAAAGAAACUAUGGAAUGGUUCCUUCUCUAGAUGCCUUUAGUGAAUUUCAUUUAACAGUCUUAGCCUAUAAUUCCAAAGGAGCUGGUCCAGAGAGUGAGCCUUAUAUAUUUCAGACACCAGAAGGAGUACCUGAACAACCAGCUUUUCUGAAGGUCAUCAAAGUUGAUAAAGACACUGCUACUUUAACCUGGGGACUACCUAAGAAACUGAAUGGAAACUUAACUGGCUAUCUAUUACAGUAUCAGAUAAUAAAUGACACCUAUGAACUUGGAGAACUAAAUGAUAUCAACAUUACCAUUCCAUCAAAGCCCAGCUGGCGUCUCUCAAACCUCAAUUCGACUACCAAGUACAAAUUCUACUUGAGGGCUUGCACUUCAAAGGGCUGUGGAAAACCAAUCACAGAGGAAGGCUCCACAUUAGGAGAAGGGAGUAAAAGUAUCGGGAAGAUAUCAGAAGGAGUAAAUCUUACUCAAAAGACUCACCCGGUAGAGGUAUUUGAGCCUGGAGCUGAACAUAUAGUUCGCCUCUUGACUAAGAAUUGGGUUGAUAACAAUAGCAUUUUUGAAGAUGUAAUUGAGACCAGAGGGAGAGAAUAUGCUGGUUUAUAUGAUGACAUCUCCACUCAAGGCUGGUUUAUUGGAUUGAUGUGUGCGAUUGCUCUUCUCACACUAAUCCUGUUAACUGUUUGCUUUGUGAAGAGGAACAGAGGUGGAAAGUAUUCAGUGAAAGAAAAGGAAGAUCUGCAUCCAGAUCCAGAAGUUCAGUCAGUAAAAGAUGAAACGUUUGGCGAAUACAGCGACAGUGAUGAAAAACCUCUCAAAGGAAGCCUUCGAUCGCUUAACAGGGAUAUGCAGGCCACAGAAAGUGCUGACAGCUUAGUCCAGUAUGGAGAAGGAGAUCACGGUCUGUUCAGUGAAGACGGAUCCUUCAUUGGCGCUUACGCUGGAUCUAAGGAGAAAGGAUCUGUUGAAAGCAAUGGCAGUUCCACAGCGACAUUUCCACUCCGGGCGUAAAUGUACCACAUGUACAAAUCAGUGGUUUCGUAUCAACUUUCCGUAUUUAUCUGUUCAAGGGAGCAAGAACUUUCAUAUAGGAAUAGAAACGUAUUGGCUUAAGAUUUCAUCCAGAAUUUGAACAUCUUGCAGUCAUGUCGAGAAAAUAGCACUGCCUUGAAAAAGUAAACUACCAAGCACUCCAGGCCUGUAUUGUUUGUUUUGUUUUGUUUUGUUUUUCAGGUGCUGAAAAUUCAGAACACAAAACAAAUCCUGUACUUAGAUUCACCUCGACUGAAUCCAAAGUAUCCAUUCAGUGUACUCCAUUUUUGCCUGGUUUUCCUGGUCACUGUGUUUGCAUUGUUGUUGCUACCUUGUGGUUUUUCCUCUGUGUGCACAUUUGUAUUCAGUCUCUGAGAACUGUCUUAGUGACUUUGCUUCACGACAGGUAAAAAGAUGGGAAGCAAACCGGUUAUUUAAAAUGUAAAGAGGAAUAUGAAUGUCUUAUUAAAAUGGUUCAUUGAAUAUAUACAGUCUAAAUCUAUUAUUUAAAUUUUUUGUAGCAGGAGUCCUAGGUAAACAAUCAAGUCGUAUUUAUUGAGCGCCUAACCGUUUGCCCAGAGAUAGUCAUGUUUAAACAGAAUUCUAAUUUUUUCAGUUUCAACACGAAUUUUUUGGGUAUAUCACUUAUGACAUCUAGAACCAUCUUUGUUUUUUGUUCUUUUCUUGGACUAAAUUCAGCUGAAAAGGAAGUGGUGGUCAGAAAGUUAUCUUAUGAAAGAACAGGCCAAGGUUUCCGGGCUGCUGGCGUCUCCUAGCUAUAUCUAUUUAAUAUCUUCAUUUCUAAAUUGACCGCUUUGACCUUUUUUCUAUGUUUAUAUAAUGGUAUGCUUGCAUCUAUUUCAUGAAUGCAUUGUACAUAUUAUGUUAAUAUUUACACAAUUAAAAAUACAGAUGUGUUUUAUUUUGAAGUGAGAAAAAGAACAUUAACAGGCAUGUUUGUACAGCUAAAGUAUAUAGUAAGAUAACAUUUUGCAUCAUUCCACAGCUACAACCAACAACAUGAGGUUCCAAAACUAAAGACUUUGUAUAAAGCAUUUGGGUUUUGUUCUUAUAUUGCUUUUUCCUACAGUCUCAAAAUAAAAUAUCAUAUAAAUAUUGA